CAAACUCCUCUCCUCAGACAGACUGUGAUCACAAAAACCGAAGCCAAAAAGAGACCAGACAACAAAGCAUCCAUUUCUUCCUUUUGGGUUUGUGGACCGAUUCGCCUCCGAUAACUGUGUCAUUUGGAUUGUGGAACCGUUUGGCUGAUCAAUUGAACUAAACUUUUGGAGUUGUCAAGACUUUUUUGUGUGGAGGAUUUCCUUUGAUUUUGUGUGUGUAUAGAGAAAGCUAGUUAAUAAUGAUGCCGAUGUACAGAUACAUGGAUUCACACCCCGAGCAAAAAAACCAGACCUUCUCUUUCCCUCAAUAUCCUUACCCGCCUCACCAACCAAACCCACCUAUGGCAUUUGUGCCUUGGCCUUAUGGUGGCAACUUUGGCUACCCAAACCCCGUGCCGUGCUAUUCUUGCUGUAACCAUGGUAAUGCUCCUGGUUAUAAUGGUUUCAGACCCUCCUACCCUCAAACUCCAAUGCCAUCACCAAUACAUUUUGCUGGUGGUUAUCCUGCUCCAUAUCAUGAAGCCUACCCUGUUCAAUAUGUCCCGCCUCCUCAUUACUCUAUGGAGCUUCCUCGAUAUGAUUAUGACAAGAAGAUGCCAGGAAAUUAUCACUGCUGUGGGUGUCCUAAUCACAGCCACCAGAAUAAGGGUGUGAAGAUUGAAGAACAAGAAUCACCGGACGUUGUCGAAAAGGUGAAUGACUCAUUGGUUCCGGGUCAUAUGACAAAUUACCCUUAUCCUGUUGUCUGGAUUCCACCAGGAAACAUGAAGGGUGAGGAGCAAAGGAAACUUUCUGGUCCAGAGAUUGUAGAGCAAAAGAUGCAUCCAGAUGAUCAUGAAAGGCCUCCUGUGAGUUUGAAAUCUCAGGAAGGAGAUCAAAGGCGUGGUUUGUUACCUUUUGACAUGGCCAAUAUUGGAUCUUUGAUGCACGGUGGAAAUGGGGAGCGGGUUCAGGAUCAACGGAGUGAGGACAGAAAAAAGGAAUUUCCAUUUCCAAUUUUUUGGAUGCCCUCUUAUGAUGAUACUAAGCGUGAUGGAGCUGGAAAGAAGGACAAGGACAUGGAUGCAUCUCAGGAUCAGCAGACUGAAGAACGAAUGAGGCAACUCCCAUUCCCAUUCUUCUGGCUCCCUCUUGAAAAUAAACAGAAGGAUGUUGGCAUGAGGGAGGAGGAGAAUGAGGAAAUUAGGAAGGUUGAUGCUAAUGCAAGGAUUGUUCCGACGAAGCACGCUGAGAGUAGUGACAAUUGGACUGGAGUUAACGAAGAUAAAUCUGCCGGGCUGGGUGUUCUAGACAGAAAGGGAAAAGAUGCUAAUCAGAGAGUCAUACCAGUGAAGCAAAUGGAGGAUCUACCUAAAAAGGAGGACAACUCUGAAGACGCUAAGAGAAGAGGAAGAGAAGUCCCUGUGAAGCAUGUGGAUGACAAUUUAGCUAACAAACCUUCUGGUAGCAGUGUUCGAAGCCAGUCAUCAUCCCCGAAGAAAUCAUCUCAGCUACCUCCUGUUUGUCUGAGAGUCGAUCCUUUGCCAAGUAAGAAGAAGAAAGGCAGUGGUAGUUCCAGAUCUCCUAGUCCUCCUGGUCAUAAAAAAGUUCAAAAAGAGACUUCAGCAGACACUUCCAAGGCCUCUGCUUCGUUUAGCUUGCCAGAGGACUCGCAACAAAAUAUGAAGCCCCACAAUUCAAGCAAUGGAAAUGAGGUAGAGCCUUUCAAGAAAGAGAAGGUUAUUGAUGUUAUGGAUAAGGGAAUCGGCGAAAACAAUGAUUCAAUGCAUACAUCUCAGAUUCCUGUUAAUUCCAAAGAGGUUUCCUCAAAGCCAACUGUUGGGGAUGCUGGCAAAGAUGGGAAUCAAUGUGAGGUCAAUGAGGAUCAAGGCACAGUAAAUAUAGGAGAAACAACAGCUCAGAAUGUGGAAGAGACGAAGAAAACUUCGGGGUCAGUUAAAUCAGUUGUUGAGGGAAGUAAUUUUGAGAGAAAGAUGUUAUCAGAUGUAUCAGCUGCUGUGCUUAUUCAAUCUGCUUACCGUGGAUUCAUGGUUAGGAGGUGGGAAUCAUUGAAGAAAUUGAAGCAAAUAGCUGAGAUACGUGAGCAAGUGGCUGAUAUUCGGAAUCAAAUCAUAUCUUUGGAGACCUCUGAUCUCAACAAAGACGAUAAACAAAGAGUGGUAAUCGGGGAAACCAUCAUGAGACUUCUUUUAAGACUGGAUACCAUUCAGGGUUUGCUUCCAAGUCUCAGAGACAUAAGAAGAUCCUUGGCAAGGGAGCUUGUACUUCUGCAGGAAAAGCUUGAUGAUAUAAUGUCUAAGAGAUACCAAGACACGACACAAGAGGUGUCCUCUGUUAAAACUGUGGAAGAGCUCAAUGCCAAUGGCAACAACAGUGUCUGCAUGUCAGAGAAGCAAGCAGAGGAAGCAGCAAAAGAUGGUGAAGAAUUCCCUGCUGCUGCCAGCGAUAACAGUCAUGUUGCCACAGAGCCUUGCCAGGGGCAGGUGACACAAACCGCGGAUUCUCUCCCUGGCGUGGAAGUCGAGGUACCAGAACUCUCUGAACAUAAAGAGCUGGAUACAGCAUCUGAGAAUGGACAGCAUGAACUCCCUGGGGCUUGUGAUUUGAAUUGUAAAGGUCUUGAUUCGGGACCUACAAUGGAAUGGAAAGAUAACAUCGCUGAUGGACAGGCAGUGGUGGUGGAUGCAGAAAUGGCCAAUGGUGCUACUGAGUUUGAGCAAUGUGGUGAAGCUCCAUCUCCUGUAGAGGACACGCCAGACCAUAGUGUGGUUUCAACUGCUUCAGAAGUUACAAUAAGUCCAGAGUUGCCUCAAGUAGCAGUUAAUACUGAGCCUGCUGCUUCAGAGCCUGAAAAUGUUGAAGCAUCAGAAAUGAGCAAGGAUGAAAUGGAACAAGGUGGAGAGGUGGAAUUGACCAUGUCACCUGAUAUAACUUCUCCAAUAGCCACUGAUGAUGCGACUGAGAAAGAAGCGGAGAUGCAUGAGCUUGCAGCUUUGCAACUAGGCACAACUGAUGAAGACAGUGGUGCUGUUUCUGAAUUGAAAAAGAACGAAGAAGUCCACAUGGUGAAAGAAAACGAUGUCUCAAAAAGUGGGGAAGAAGAAAUAGUGGCUCUGCAACAAGAGGAGGGAACAGCGGAGGAGUUGACCAAGUUAGGAGGCCUAGUUGAUGAGGAACACACAGGAGAUAAGGUAAUUGAUCCAGAGGUCGAGCACCGUCACCAAAACGAAGCUGCUAUAGAUGAUCCUCUGCCAGCAGUCUCUCAAAUGGUCGAAUCCCAACCAUUGCGCUUACCUGUUGAAACAAGCACUCGUGGAGUGGUGCAUGAAAAUAGGCCUUCAGACCUGAUUGAUGGUGUUGACGCUUGCUUGCCUACAGUGGUUGAUGCUGACACGCCUAAUGAGGAUGAGGUUGAGAAAAGUAGAGAAGCCUAUAAAGACCUGCAAGCAGUGACCAUAGAAGACGAUACAGAGAUGAAAGAGAACAAAGCUGAAAGCGAAGACAGCAAAGAGGAUAUCUUCACUGAGAAGAGUGAGCCAUUGCCUGCAGAUGCUGAAACUGCCAAAGAGGAUGUCCUCAUUGACAAGAGUGAGUCAUUGCCUGCAGAUGCUGAAACUGCCAAAGAGGAUGUCCUCACUGAGAAGAGUGAGCCAUUGCCUGCAUCGCCAAUCGCGACUGAGGUUUCCUCCGGUGAUGGAAGCGUCUUGGGAGACGAAGGUGCUAGGAAGUUAAUUAAAGAGAAUGAGAAGCUAAGGGAAACGUUGCAGAAGUUGAUGGUAGCAGGAAAAGACCAACUACAAGUGAUAUCCGACCUCACCGGUAGAGUGAAAGAUUUGGAGAAAAAGUUGGCCAAGAAGAAGAAAUUAAGAACAAAAAGGUGUAGGGCUGCAUCAUCUCGGUCUUCGUGUGUCAAACCAUCAAGCAAUCACUUGAAGGAGAGGACUGGUGUUGCAAUGUGAAGAGGUUACUUGAUUCUGCAGCUUUCUUGUAACAGGAAUGCAAUGUGUUAAUGUGGGUGAGUGAGUCUGCUUGUAUCUAUACUAUGUGAGCCUUGUAUCUGUUUUCACUUACCAAUAAUAAAGAAUAUUUUCAUCAAA